AGGAGCACCAGCUCCGGAUGGCCUUCAAGACCAUGGACAUCGACGGAAACGGCAUCUUGGACGUGAAGGAGCUCAAGCACCUCUUUGCGCAGCUGGGGCAGCUCCCGAGCAACGGGCUGAUAGACGGCAUGAUCUACCUGUGCGACUCUCGCGGCGACGGCACGGUGAGCGUGGACGACUUUGUGUACCUCUUCACGCACCCGAUCGAGGCUCUUAGCGUCGUCAACAGGGACGAGCUGCAGAGGGUCGUCAGCGGCAACCAGCGGGGCAGUUCGGACGACGAAGACGAGGACGAGGACGACGGCUCCAGCGGCAGCUCCAGCGGCAGCAGCCUCGCCGGCCGGCGGCCCCCGCAGCUGGAGGCACCCGCCAGCCAGCCGGCGCAGGAGGGCCCCCCGCAGCUGGAGGGGCACGCGGACCAGCCGGCGCUGGUGGAGGGCUGACCAGCGCCGUUCCCGCGCUGGCGCUUGAGGGCCGAUUUCAGGGGUGACGGCAGGGGAGGAUUGGUCCAGGGAGGGAAGCAUCGACCCCCAAACGCCCAUUCAGCCCACCAGUCCAGGAACGUGCGGUGCUGCUGUCAGGUGCCUAUCGCCGAUCUAUCGGCGAUGUAUCGCGAGUUCAAGCUCGAUGUUCCCCCCCCAGAGCUGAUCCACCACCCGUAUCGUUCCCCCUCACGGUUGGGAGGGCGCCAACUAAGUGCAUCAACGCCGAUCGAGGAUCGAGGAUCGAUUGUUUGUUUGAGGCUUUGACUCCUUCUGGGCCCUCGAAGCCGCCUGGGGGCCUUAGAUCUGGGCGUCGUGAGAACAUCGGGACCGCCGCUCCCGCCUCGUUUCUGGACCCUCACUGGUGGAAC